CGGGCAGCAUUAGUACAUCCGGGUGAUUCCAGUCACCUUGGGUUGGUGGUGAGAAUCAUGGCGGCUCUUGUCAGGAUACGUUCUGUUUGCUGCAGAGGUGUCAGUCCUCUGUUGUUUCGCUCUUGCUCCCUCAUCAGACCUUUAGCUGUACAGAAGAAGGAUCGUGACUGUCCAUACUUGAUAUCAGCAAAGAUACAUGCUACUCCAUCCAGUUAUGCAGGCUCCGGGUCCAAAGCUGCUUCGCUGCACUGGACAGGAGAGAGGAUCCUGAGCAUAGUUCUUCUGGGCUUGGCACCUGUUGCGUACUUUUACCCUGUCCCUGCUGUUGACUACUCUUUAGCAGCAGCUCUUACUCUACAUGGUCACUGGGGUCUUGGGCAGGUUGUGACAGAUUAUGUUCACGGAGACUUUAAAAUCAAGAUGGCUAAUGCUGGCCUCUUCCUUCUGUCGACCGUCACCUUCGCCGGCCUGUGCUACUUCAACUACCAUGACGUGGGGAUUUGCAAAGCUGUGGCCCUCUUGUGGAGUAAAUGACUGGAAUGAGAUGAGGGUGCUGUGGGAUCCGCUUUCGGCGUCGGAGUUCCAGUUAAUUCUAUACAAUUGUGACAUUAUGUGUAAAUUCUAUAAAUAUAUUAUUUUUGGCAACAUUGUGUUGAUUUGCAGGUGUUUUUAAUUGUUAAUGUUGUCAGUUUUUUCAGAACAUGCUCAGCUUUUGCUUAAGAUGGAAAUCUCUGAAAAUGGAAAUGGUCUACUCACCAUUGUCUGGCAAAUCAGUGUUUCUGAUGCAGCAAAUGCAACAAAUUAUUGUGGCUUCAAGAAUCUGGUCACUGUAUUUGAACUUGAAAAAUCAUUACACUAACAAUAUAACAUUUUUACAGGAAAAUGAUCAGGUAAUAAAUGUUUUGGUCAUA